CAUUCCUGGCCCCACCUUGUCCCCGCCACGAGUAAGAACCCGUCUUCUCCUGGUGAAACCCACCCAUCCGUGCUUCAACUCCUCUUCCGUUCCCCCCACCACUUCUUCUCCGCAGCCUAAAGCAGGGUGCCGACUCCUGCCUACAGGUGCUGUCCUGUCCAGGGCUCCUCCCUCCGCAGACGCUGCUCGACUUCUUCGCCCGCCGGAGGUCUGGGUCUGCUCGCCAGUCACCGGGCGGGUUCCCAGCCUAGGGUCCACUUACCCUCCGGUUAAUGGGAAGGGUCCUUGGCAUUUAAAAGGGUUGGGAACCCCUGCUGCACCUUCUGGAAACGUCUGUGACGGGAUCGCGACGCUCAGUUUCACGCGGAGAGCGGGCGGGCGAGGUUCGCAGUGCCGAGGUAGCAGCGGCAGCAGCAGUGGGAUCUCGGCUCCGGCCGGGGACACCCGUGCUUCACCCUCCCGGCAGCCAGCGGAACCCGACCGUCACCGGGCGGACUCCGGCCGACAACUUCUGUUGCCGGGGACAGCGGCGAGCCAGACCGCCCAGUACCUCGGGCGAUCCAGCGCUGCUGCGGCCGGAAUGUUCGCCAAACUUUUCAUCCUCCUCCUUCUCCAGCGGGCCAUCCAAGCCAGGAGCAGACUUGAAGAGGAAGAAGAUGACGAUGAGGUUGGGGUGAACAAGACUUGGGUGCUGACUCCAAAGUCUCAAGAUGCAGAUGCAACACACAUCCUCAACUCGUUGCUGGGAGGGUAUGACAACAAACUGCGGCCAGAUGUUGGCAUAAAACCAAUCGUUAUUGAUGUGGACAUCUACGUGAACAGUAUUGGCCCCGUGUCGGUUAUCCAGAUGGAGUACACCAUCGAUAUCUUCUUUGCACAGACAUGGUAUGACAGGAGGCUGCGUUUUAACAGCACGCUGAAAGUCCUGACCUUGAACAGUAACAUGGUGGGGCGAAUCUGGAUUCCUGAUACUAUUUUCCGAAACUCCAAGCGGGCAGAUUCUCACUGGAUCACCACACCCAAUCAGCUGCUGCGGAUCUGGAAUGACGGCAAGAUUUUGUACACCCUGAGACUCACAAUUGAGGCGGAGUGCCAGCUGUACCUGCAGAACUUCCCCAUGGAUGAGCAGUCCUGUCCCCUGGUCUUCUCCAGCUAUGGAUACCCCAAGGAUGAGAUCACCUAUCGGUGGAGGAAGUAUUCCAUCGAAGUGGCAGACCAGCGAUCGUGGAGACUUUACCAGUUUGAUUUUGUUGGCCUGAGAAACACAUCAGAAAUCCUGAAGACUACGGCAGGGGACUACACAGUAAUGACUGUUUACUUUGAUUUAAGCAGAAGAAUGGGAUAUUUUGCCAUACAAACCUACAUUCCGUGCAUACUAACUGUUGUUCUAUCAUGGGUCUCAUUUUGGAUCAAGCGAGAUUCUACUCCAGCCAGGACCACACUUGGGAUCACCACUGUACUGACCAUGACAACACUCAGCACAAUCUCACGGAAAGCCUUGCCUAAAGUCUCCUACAUCACCGCCAUGGACCUCUUCGUCUCUGUUUGCUUCAUCUUCGUCUUCGCUGCCCUCAUGGAGUAUGCCACCCUCAACUACCUAGUAGGGACCAAGAGACUCAACCCCAUAAAACGCAAACUCAAACCUGACAGUCUGACCAGGAGUGCAACAUUGUUUAAGAAGCCCUCAAUUUGUCUCAGCUGUUUGCCCUGCAUACUCCUUCCAAGACAGGGUGUGAGGAGAUGCAAGCACGAACACAAGACCCAGGAACAGCACAGCUGGAAUCCUGCCCACCAGGUACAGACCCUUGCUUCACCACCAUCACCGUCAACAACCUGGGCCAGUGGCAGGAGCCUGAGGAGGACCUGGUGGAGGACUGCCUGGAGGGGAAGGACUGUCGCUCCUUUUUCUGCUGCAUUGAUGACUGUCAGACGGGCACCUGGCGCCGGGGACACAUCCGGAUCCACAUAUCCCGGCUGGACGCCUACUCUCGCGUUUUCUUUCCCACUGCUUUCCUCCUCUUUAACCUCGUUUACUGGAUCGCUUACCUCUACCUGUGACCCUGUCUCUCCCUCGCACACCGCCACUCAAUUCUGCAAUAAAACUUCUUCCCAUCUUCUUUCCUGGCAGAUUAUUGGAUCGGGGCUUAAGGGCAGGUGGUGUAAGCGGAUGGGCCAAGUUAGAUGGGGAGGGCCAACAUUUGGAAGAUUGGGCUCAUACUGUGAGCUCUAUGGUGUUGGUUUGACUGGCAGUGGCGAGUCCAUCUACUCUGGACUAAGUGACAGGAAUCUACCCAACAUAGAGGGCACCGUCAGGAUGCCCAGGUCUCCUUUUCCAUCAGAGCUCCGUUAUUGUCCUAGUGCCAGUUGGAAUUGCUGGGUGGCUCAGAUCACUCUGCUAUCUACCACCCCUCCAACUGCAUCCACCCUGUCUCUGCCCAGCACACUGAGGCCAGAUCCAACCACCACGCGGUCCACCAGCAAGCGGGGGGAUCUUCUGACCUGUGUGACCAAGCAUUGGCCAUCACUGAGAUAGUCCAUGCAUGGUGCGGGCCAAACACGGGCAAAUGGAAUUUGAUCAGGUGGGAAUCUUGUUUGGCAUGUUGGAGCUGGUAUGAAGCCCUGUUCCCAUUUACUCUGUCUGAGUCACAUGAAUGCCCUGCCUCUCCAGGGUGGGAAAAAUAACAGAAACAGGUAGGGGGAAACAGUGAGUGAUUUCAACAGCAAGAAAGAAAACUGAUAAGUGAAUGGGAAAUCAACAAUGGAAACUGCAGAUGACAUACACUUCAUUCAACAUACCCUAUUCCUUGCACUUUCCCGCAUUAGGCCCAUUUCCUUCUGCUCCUUUUCUUUCCAUGUUCCAAUCGACUGCAAACAGACCUGCCUCUACCACCGCCUUUGCUGGCUCACCAACCUGUGUGUGAAAAUCUUGCCCCUCAGAUCUCCAUUCACACCCUGGAUCUUUGCCCUUUAGCUCUAGACUUUCUAACCCUGGUUAAAGACUCCAUGCUAUCUAUGCCUCUCACAGUUCCGUAAACAUCUAUAAGCUCACCUUUCAUUUUCCAGUGAGAAUAAGCAUAGACCAUCCAAUUUCUGCCCUCCAUUCCAAGCAUCAUCUUGGUCAAUUUCUUCUGGACUCUCUCUGUUGCUACCACAUCCUUCCUGUGGUGUGGUGACAAUACAUAAAGCAAGGGUUCCCACCCUUUCUUAUGCCAUACACCCCUACCAUCAACAGAUUUGGAACCCCUGCUCUAAGUGCAGUUGAACCAGGGGUUUUUACUCAACAGAAAUCACUGAUCAAAUUUUGUGAGGUUGUUACCAUUGUCUCCUUCAGAAAUGCCAAUUACAGUUUGCAGGUUGCUGGUGGGGUGACGUGUGGGGGAAAGGUUUGAUGGCUUGUUGUUGUUGUCUGGAUCCUAUACCCACAUGAAAAACAAGUUUUCCCUUUUACCAGUCUCUGCUACUUUGGUGCAAGGCAGACCAAAGAUUCCCUGGUACCUCCAGUUUUUUGUUUUACUUAGCAUUUCAUUAGGAGCAUCUGAUACUUAAGGCCCAGGUAAUCCCUCAGCCCUUUAUUGCCACACCCACAGAAAGCUCCAGCCUGCCUGAGGGGGCACAGCAGGCCUCAACUUUGCCUCAUGACCUCAUGAAGAGUCACAGUGUCAGGCAAGAAAACUUUUCCCCUGAUAGCUACCCACCACCACCCUACUAAUCUGAGCCCCAGCUAAUGAAGCAGGGCUACUCCUUGUGGAAGAAUCCUUGGAAGAGCCACCGAGAGCAGCAAAUGUACAGGAUGUGAUCUGGGUGAGGGCUUCAUUAUCUGUCAACAAGAAAGGGUGGAAGCACCACUACUGAUCUAGCUGGCCAAGUCUAAGAUGAAAGAGCCUGUGGCAUAUACUAAGUGAACCAGCACCAGCGAUAAACCUACUGGACUUCGCCCUCACCUGUCUAUCUGAGGUGUAUGCACCUGUAUGUGACAUUGGAGAGGUGACCAUCAGAUACUCCUUAUGGAGACCAAGUCUCCUCCUCACAUGAGAGCAGCUUCCAACAGGUUGUGCACCUAGAACAUAUCUGGCCGUUCCAUCCUGGAGUUGGGGCGGCAAUGUGGAUCUUCCACCACAUUAAUCCCAUGGACCAGUGAGCCAGGAGACCAGCCCUAGCGGAGCGAGGAACGUAGUACACCAGUGAGCAACGUGAGAUGUAUCUGGUGAGGCACAACGCAGGACAAAAUGUGGAAGGACAUCUCAAGCUAUUCUUGCACAUCUGGAGGUGAAUGGUGGUGAAAAAUUAAAGAGCUAACAGAUGGGUGGACUUCAGCAAAGCAAGAGCCUACAUGUGAGUGGCAAAGACAGAUACAUCCAUAUAACCUUCAGCCAGAGUGGCCAAGGAGUUCAUCCACUCGGGCUGACCAUUGAAGUACCAGUCAUAAUAGUGACAGCACCAAAAGAGUAUCAUCUGGCAUGCUGAGGAACACUGGUCAGUCAGACUGAUUCACCACUACACCAGCAGCUAUACAGCAGGGCUGAAAAGGAGCCAGAUUUGUUCUUUCCAUGAGAUGCACAGCAAAUCCAAUGGAACCAUACCAUUCCCAAUUAUUCUACCUUCUGUCACAGGCGAACCGUUGACAAGUAUUGCACAGAAUGAUGUUCACCUCUAAUCUGCUGACAGUGCCCAGGGCAUUUGUGUUCCUGAUGUCUAUCGUUCCAUUUUUGGUCAGGGUGAAAGUAAUGUACAUUUCUUACAAUUGCCACUCGUACUCCGCUGUCUAAUGGGAUACUGCACUGGCCCAUACCGCCGACUGCCACUGCCCUUGGUGUAUAGACAAAGAAGUUGGUAUACAGAACUAAGCAAGAUCCAAGUCAGUGCACAUUUGAAUCAAAUGCAGAACUUUGACACAACCACUUGAACCUGUUCUGUGAUUAAUAGAUCAUGGCUGCUACGAAUGUAACCUUGCCUACAUGACACCUACUCCUGUAACAUUUUGCCUCAUGGCUGAUCAGGGACGUAUCUCCAUCUGCCUUCAAAAUAUUCAUGUACUCUGCUUCCCACUACCUUUUGAGGAAGUGUUGUAAAGACUCAAAAACCUAAGAAGCAGUUCUUUUCAUAUCACUCUCUUAAAUGGCCAGCUCCUUACUAAUGAACAGUAACCCUCAUCCCCACCACCAGGUCCAGAAACAUCUUCCCACAUCCAGCCCUUAGGAUUAAAAUGUUUUAAUCGAAUCUCCUCUCCUAAAUCCCAAUCGAUACAAGUGCAGCCUGUCAGACUUUUCCUCAUAAAGCAAACCCUCUGCAUUCCAAGUAUCAGUCUGGUAAACCUCUGAUCUGCUCCCAUUAAGGUAUUUCCUUAAGACUCAAUAUUGUUUCAGGUCAUUUCUUGUACACAGGUGUAAAGGAGAAAAAAAUAAUUGUUACUCCAGAUCCAAUGAUACACAAGAAAUAAAGAACACAAUAAAAAUAACACAAUAAAUAUAAAUACUUGACAGCUUAUACACUGUACAUAGACUGAUCGAAUGUCCAUAAAGUGACACUAGGCACAGGAGUGUCUGCACAGAA